UAAGUAUGUAUUAAUUUAAUAUAUUGUUUGUUAUUUUUAAUUUGUGUUAAGCGCAAAUUUUGAAACCACUCUUUUUACUGUAUUUAUGAAACAUUUUAACUUUUUAAGAUACCAGCGAGUGAGUAUGAUGAUUUAUUUGUACCUAUAUAAUUUAAUAUAUAUAGGGAUCGGAAAUAAUCAUACUAGCUUAUUGGUUUAACUAUAAAAAUAAUGUCUUGACAGAAUAUUGCAAUUUGCAAACCUAUCUAUCAAAAACCAUCAUAUAUAUACAAUCCUUUUCCAGAACUGACUGUGAUAAAUUUUCCUUAUCAUAAUUUCUAAUAACCUUGAUCAUUUUCCUUGCUAACUAACCAUUUUUGCAGUGCUAAGGUUUACUUAAUCAGAGGAGGCGAUCUUCACCAGCAACAGAUUGACUAAUAUUUGCUUCAACGUAAAUAUAUCUUCUCAUAUGUUGGAAGGGUUGUUGGUUAGAAGGUCUAAUUGUGUAAUUCAUCUGUUUUCUAUUUUUGCUUUAGGUUUAAUCAAAUUGGUUUAGUAGAGAUGUGCACGUCCAUUCUACUAUGCAAUAUCUUUUUGGUACAUAUAAUUUUUGAUAUAUAAAUCAAGCCUGCUUUUCUCUUAAUUUUAAAACAAUGAAUCUCUCAUUUUUAAUGCAUACAAAAAUCCAAAAGGAUUGUCAAUUUAUUUAACAAGAAAAAGAAAAUUGUACUAAUGCAAAAGGAAUGAUUAUAAAUAUGAGAAAGUGUAGGCCAUUAAGCAGACAAAAUGUAAUUAACAAAUGGAUUAUUAUAUGUAACCCACCUUCUUCUUCACCUUUGGCAUUGUUUAUAAAACUUCUCUCCUUAAAGCUAUAUACUCAAGCCUCAAGGUGAAAACAAAAACCUAAUUCAAUAGCAACAAACACACAAUUAAUCCCAAGGUUAAUUUCAACCAUUUUAUCAAUAAUUCUCAACAACACCAUCAUAUCAUGAGUAGCUCAAGCUCUAGUUCUGUCUCUGGCUCUCCUUGUGGAGCUUGUAAGUUCCUCAGGAGGAAAUGUGCAAAGGGAUGUGUGUUUGCUCCAUACUUUUGUCAUGAACAAGGAGCUUCCCACUUUGCGGCCAUUCACAAGGUUUUUGGAGCUAGCAAUGCUUCCAAAUUGCUCUCUCAGCUUCCCACUAGCGACCGCUGCGAAGCAGCUAUUACAAUCUCUUACGAAGCUCAAGCUAGGCUUCAAGAUCCCAUCUAUGGCUGUGUCUCUCAUAUCUUUGCUCUCCAGCAGCAGGUUGUGAAUCUACAAGCACAGCUUGAGAUUCUAAAGCAACAAGUCGCACAAAGCAUGACGUUUGCUGAUUCACCAUCAUCAGAAAACCCUAAUAGCUUUUAUGGAGACACUACUAAGACUACUUCUUAUCAUCAUGAUCAUCAAAAUAUUUAUCAUCAUCAUGAUCAGAGCCAUCUAGUCAACCAAAUCGGAAGCUUAGGGACUGGUCAGCACGGAGAUGCGACGGCGAAUAGUUACCCCAGCCAAAACUCCUCGGGCUUUGGAGAAUUCUCUAUCUACCCUGAAUUGGAACAGCACUUGAACGCUUUCAAUCAAGAUCAUCUCAAAGAGCUUCAGUCAGCAAAUUUUGGCUACAUAUCGUUCUCGUGAUAGCUCUAUCAAGACAUGGGUUGAUUAUAUACAUACGUUAUAUAUGUGUCAAGACUUUUUGAUUUAGUGUGGAUUGUUGAUGUUGCCUAGCUCCGAGAACCGGCUUUGUAAUCAUAAAUAAAGAAUACUAGAUGCCCUAGGAAUAUAUAAAGAUCAUAUAUAUAUUCUUAUCCUCAAGAUGUUUUUAGAGUAUAUAUAUGUCGAUCAUUGUGCUAAUUGUCUCGAUAUUAUCCCAAACUUGUCAGGAUCUGAACUUAAAAAGUCACAAAUCUUUAGUUAUCUAAUAGACUCUGUUUGUCUUUAUUCUUUAGAUUUUGCUUGUAC